AUGUCAUACGAAAAAGAACAAGCACGUUUGAAGAAGUUAUGGAAAGAGUUGCUUUCUGAUGAAGAAAGUGAGGCAAAUAUUUUUGAUGGCGACGAAAUAUACGAACCGGUUACAGAAAAACCGUUUACCUUACAAGAAAUUAUAGAAAGCCCCAAUUACAUGGAUGAAAUAAUAGAAGAAGUUAUAAGAAACAUGCGUUAUGACGACUUGGGUGAUGAAGAAAAUAAUAAUGAUAUUGGAAAAGAAGCAAAUAACCAGAGUAAUGAGUUUGAGUGGGCUCAUGCAACUGGGAAAAAUUUAAAAAACCUACAGUUUUGUGUCCCAAACUCUGGUUUUAAUAUUGCUCUGUAUGAACAAUACGACAAACUGCCAUAUGAUUUUUUCAAAGUUUUUGUAAAUGACGACAUCAUAAGCUUGAUCGUAGAAGAAACAAACAGAUACGCUGAACAGUGUAAACGAAGUAAUAUUCUACCAAACGCACGUAUUCUGAAAUGGACUCCCACAGACCCUACAGAAAUAGAACAUUUCAUUGGUAUUAUUUUGUGGAUGGGAUUGUGUUCUUUCCCAGCACUUUCUUCAUACUGGUCAACGAAACGAUUGUACAAAAAUGCAAUCCCAAGUGUAAUGUCCAGAAAUCGUUUUCAAUUACUUCUAAAAAUGAUACAUUUUAGUAAUAAUGAGGAAAUUAGUGAUGAUAAAUUACACAAGAUAACACCACUUGUGAACAAGCUUCGGACAUCAUUUCAGUGCCAAAUGACACCCUCCGAGUACGUUUGUAUAGAUGAGAGUCUUGUACCUUUUAGAGGAAGACUGAAAUUUCGUCAAUAUAUAUCCAAUAAGCGACACAAGUUCGGAAUCAAAUUAUUUAAGCUGUGCCUAAAAGAUGGGUACACAUACGAUUUCCAAGUAUACUGCGGCAAAUCGAAGGAUGGUCAUGUGUCAGUGCUUACAAAAGUUGUAAUGGAUUUGAUGACAAAUAUUUUAGACAGCGGACGUAUUUUAUGCACUGACAACUAUUACACAUCAGUGAGUUUGGCUAAUGCACUAUUAUAUAGAAAAACACAUCUUAUUGGAACAUUACGAUCUAAUAGAAAAUAUAACCCCAAAAGGGUUGUAGAUAAAAAGUUGAAAGUUGGAGAAGUAAUAGCUGAAGAAUGUAAGCAAGGAAUAGUAAUUGAAAAAUGGAGAGAUAAAAGGGACGUAUUAGCAUUGAGCACUAGAUAUGGAAAUGAAAUGGUUACUUUAAUCAAAAGAGGUAAAGAAAUACAAAAGCCCAAAAAUGUGGUUGAAUACAAUAAAUAUAAAUCAUAUAUUGAUAUAUCUGAUCAGUUAAAAUCUUAUAAUACCUGCCUUCGCCGUAGUAUGAAAUGGUAUAGAAAAUUGUCGUUCGAGUUAUUAACUGGAAGUGCAAUAGUAAAUGCCUACAUUGCGUAUAAAGAAAUAACCAAUAAUAAAAUAUCAAUAACUGCGUUCAAAGAAGAAGUCAUAAACGGUCUGUUGAAAACAGCGAGACAGGAAGAAACAUCUGAAAACAUGACCGAAAUAGAGCAUAAAUUAGAAGAUGUUGGUCGUUCUAAAAGACGUCGGUGUGUAAUAUGCUACAAGAAAAGUUCAAACGAAUCUGGAAGAGAACAACCAUCAAGGAAAGCUCAAACCACGUUGAAAUGUAGUGCUUGCGAUCAAUAUUUUUCAUUCAUGAAGCUUGAAAUUAAUGGAGAUACGUUGGUUUUAGAAAAAGAUGGAAGUCGGGUGGACGAUGAUGAAAUACUAUUGCUCUUAAAGGACGAAAUUUUUAUCCUACUUGAGAAAGGUGACAAAUAG